AUGGGGUCUUCAUCAGGUCUCGACCUAAAUACUUCAUCGUUAUCACAUACAUUAUCUCCCCCCACGCCCCCAACCCAGACUUCAACUCCAGAUACUUCACAAAUGCUCAUUCCGCCAGCAUCCGACCCCAUUCUUCGUUUCCUCCCAUCUUCCCUGCUUAACCAUGGAAGCGUGCAAGGGCAGAGUGUAUCGUUACCCGUGCCCUCAUUUAUAUUCAUGCUCUUACUCGCGCGCUGCUGCUGCCUAUCUGCCAUGCUCUCAUCACCGCUUCCCCCGCUAUCAAUGCGGGUGUUUAUACUGUAUUGGCCGUCAGCAAAAAAAGAGUGGGAAGACGUAGAAGAACGUUUAGCACGAGAGACUAUUGCUAUUGUUAACGGAGACAGCAAAACUAUUACUGACAAAGAGCUGGCACACAAGCAAGCUAUGGUCAAUAAGGGCAACGCGCUUAAGCGCUCUCCGGUGUGGUUCCUUAUGCGCUUUUUUGCUAAUCUUGAUGCCCUUGGCAAAAUUGUGGAGCUCUUCACACACUUGUUGAUGAACGGAAGUUCCAUGCUCUCAUAG